UUGCCAUCAGUGGGGCAUUUCCACCAGUGUCGGGUUUCUCCAGCGCACUGGCAUUUAAAUCUGCUGCAGUGGGAAGCCCGUGGAAGCUUGUCAUCUUGGGAGAAUCUGCUCUACUGGAUGAUUUGGUGCUUUUUUUCUUUUCUCUUAAAAACAGUCUCAUUGUAUCACUUGUGUUCGCUACACAAUACAAAAGGAUACAUUGCGUUGUGUAGCGGCGCGCGGUUUUAUUUCAACAACAAAGCCUGAAUGAAAUUUCGACUGUUUUGGCCAUGUUUUUGAUUAUACCAUAAACAGAAUAUUCUGUAAUUUAUCAUAUUUUGUAGUUAUGCUCUAUUCUUCUGUGCAUUUUGUCUCGUUAAUGGCCUAGAGACGCGGGAGCCUUCUCAAUGAAGAAUGUCAGUUUAAUGUUUGGACUUUAAAAUACAGCAAAAUACAUUUUCGGACGAGCAUCUCCAGCGUCAUUCAUCCAAAUUCAUUACAGCUCUCCAAUUCAUUUGUGCAUUUCUGAAUAAAAAACAGAAAUAUCACAUAAGGUUGCCUACACUCGAUAAGCAUCAUGUUCAGCUGGUUGGGUACCGAUGACAGAAGGAAGAAGGAUCCAGAAGUCUUCCAGACUGUCAGUGAAGGACUCAAGAAGCUCUACAAAACCAAACUGCUUCCACUGGAGGAAUACUACAAAUUCCAUGAGUUUCACUCACCCGCCUUGGAGGAUGCAGACUUUGACAAUAAGCCCAUGGUUCUUCUGGUGGGACAGUAUUCCACUGGCAAAACCAGCUUCAUAAGAUAUCUCCUGGAGCAGGAUUUCCCUGGUAUGCGGAUUGGUCCAGAGCCCACGACUGACUCCUUCAUAGCAGUGAUGCAUGGCACCAUGGAGGGACUAAUCCCUGGAAACGCACUGGUGGUGGACCCCAAAAAACCCUUUAGGAAACUCAAUGCCUUUGGCAAUGCCUUUCUUAACAGGUUUGUGUGUGCCCAGCUGCCCAACCCUGUUCUGGAGAGCAUCAGUGUGAUUGACACUCCAGGAAUCCUGAGUGGAGAGAAACAAAGGAUCAGCAGAGGUUAUGACUUUGCUGCCGUGUUAGAAUGGUUCGCUGAGCGCGUGGAUCGCAUCAUUCUGCUGUUUGACGCCCACAAGCUAGACAUCUCGGAUGAAUUCUCGGAGGUUAUCAAGGCUCUCAAGAACCACGAGGACAAGAUCCGCGUGGUGCUCAACAAGGCCGACCAGAUCGAGACGCAGCAGCUGAUGCGCGUCUACGGCGCCCUCAUGUGGUCACUGGGAAAGAUCGUCAACACCCCCGAGGUGAUCCGUGUCUACAUUGGCUCGUUCUGGUCACAUCCGUUGUUGAUCCCAGACAAUCGCAAGCUGUUUGAGGCGGAAGAGCAGGACCUGUUCAAGGACAUCCAGUCACUGCCACGUAAUGCUGCCCUCCGCAAACUCAACGAUCUCAUCAAGAGAGCUCGCCUUGCUAAGGUUCAUGCAUACAUCAUUAGCUCAUUGAAGAAAGAGAUGCCUUCAGUCUUUGGGAAAGAUAACAAAAAGAAGGAGCUGAUUAACAGCCUGGGAGAGAUUUACAACCGCAUUGAGAGAGAACACCAGAUUUCCCCGGGAGACUUUCCCAAUCUGAAGAAAAUGCAGGAGCAGCUUCAGGCACAUGACCUAAAUAAGUUCCAACCUUUGAAAAUGAAACUUUUGGACACCGUGGAUGACAUGCUGGCCCACGACAUCGCCCAACUCAUGGUGCUGGUGCGGCAAGAGGAGACCCAGCGCCCCAACCAGGUGGUGAAAGGUGGCGCCUUUGAGGGCACCAUGAAUGGGCCAUUUGGUCAUGGCUAUGGCGAGGGAGCCGGCGAGGGCAUUGAUGAAGUGGAGUGGGUUGUGGCUCGCGACAAACCCAUGUAUGAUGAAAUCUUCUACACUCUCUCGCCUGUAAACGGCAAAGUGACUGGUGCCAAUGCCAAGAAGGAGAUGGUUAAGUCCAAGUUGCCAAACACUGUGCUAGGUAAGAUUUGGAAGCUGGCUGACAUUGACAAAGAUGGAAUGCUCGAUGAUGAGGAGUUUGCCUUGGCUAACCAUCUCAUUAAGGUCAAACUAGAAGGUCACGAGCUUCCAAGUGAACUGCCAGCUCAUCUUGUACCACCUUCCAAGAGAAAAGUUCCAGAGUAACAUACAGCAUGAUUGACGUGGUUUGGAAUUGGGAUUAAUUUUGGAAAAGCGGUUGUUGUGAAUUCAGGUUGCAAUUCAUUUGUUGUGGAAUUGAAGAUGGCUGGACAACUUUCCUUCUUAUUAUAUAGAAGAAAAGCAGUGACUCUUCUGAAAUAUUUGAUUAUGUUUUAGUAGAAAGAAUGGAUUUCAAAUGAUCCACCAACAAACUUUGUAUGUUUUUAUUAAGUUGUAGUUUUAUUCUGUUUCAUUAUCACUUAUUUUAUAAACAAAUCAUGCUGUCUGCAAUGUCUAAAAACCAUUGAUGACUUGCACAUUUUUAUGCCUCAAUUACAAAUGCUUACAAUGGGAUUUUGCUCAACUGUUAAGCUUUUAUCACUCUAAAGCUAGAUCAUUCAUCCAUGUAUUUUUUUUUUCAUACAAUUCAAACUAAUUUGUUUCAGGAGAGAGGAGACAUUGAUUACCAUAGGAAAAUAUGUAAACCUUAUACCUGUUUCACACAUCUCCUAUCUGCUGUAUGCAAGUAAUGCAAAUUCAUUUCUGCACUGAGCAUGAUAAACAUUUAUUUAGAAUACACUGUAAACCUAUUUAUCAACACAAUUUUUUGCAAUAUAGGUGUUUAUGAAACAACAAAAUAACUAGGCUUCCCACAGUCAUGGAAAACCUGAAAUAUCAGGAGAAAUUAAAAAAAAUAAAUAAAUAAAUAAAUAAAUAAAUAAAAAUUCUGGUCUGGAAAAAAAUCUUUAAAAUGUAUUUAAAUAAAAAAUAAUAAUAAUGGAAAUAUGUAAUAGCAAAUAGAUUUUUCAAUCUAAUAUUUCAAAGACUAUAAAUUUCUCUUUUUGAGUGCAGUAUCCAUAAAUAAUAAUAAUAAUAAUAAAAAUCCUAAUCCAACAAUCACAAACAACAGGAAAACAACUUAAAACAAACAACCCUCUACAUGUGCCUGUUGUUGCAGUUACACUGCUGCUACACUUACAUGCUGCAGAAAUGAGACGUGUGAAACAAGCCUUAUUCUGAAUCUUUGUUUUAAUAGUUAUUCUAAUUGCACAAUUGAUCAAAUGUAACAAUUUAAAAAAAAAGCUAAAUUUCUUGGGUGUAACUGUUAUUCUCUUCUUGUGAAGGCAGCAUCUUAAUGAAUGCGAGUCCUUUCUAGCCUGACAAAGAGACUGUUAAAACUGUACAGAUGUCAUGUCAGAAGACUCAAUGUUUAGUGUUUUGAUGGACCCAUAGAGCUAGUAUCCUUGUUAAUAGUCUACUGUAUGUUAUAUUGCCUAAAAUAUCUAAACUAACUUGGGUUAUAGAGUGCAUAUAAAGUUAAAAUUUUGAUUUUCAAAAAACAAAAUGAUGCUGCUAUACAGCUUUUACACUUUAUUUAGGUGAUUUCCAUUCAAAUGAGCUUGCCUGAGUGUUUACAUGCUAACACACUCUGUGCAUUAUCGUUGAAAAAGCAGCGGCUUAGGAUCUAAAUAUGUAUUUAGUAAUAUUAUGUUAUUACACUUACCCUCAUAGUAAUCAUAUAAGCAUUUAAAGAUUUUCUGAAGUCUUAAGCUCUGUAUCCACCCCUUGACAAGCAGUUUGAGCUGUCACAUUUUCUUAUGAAUUUAUUUUAUUUUCCGGUUCUCAUCUGCUUUGAUUUACUUACUGUAUGUGAAGCAUUUCCACUGAUGUCCUGGUUAGGACACUGUUUGGGACAACUUAAAAGUUGCCUGUUUAGUUUGAUUGGAGAAAUCACCUUGCCAGUCAGAAUAAUGUUUGCAAGAUGUGUAACAACUUACUGAAUCAAUGAAAUUAAGAUUUUUUUUAUGAUAAUGAACCCCACCACAACUUAUCAGGGCUUGUAUUAAUCAUAAGCAGAAGAAUUGAGCCUAUAAGCUGCCUUGGUGCCUUUGGACAGACCCAUCUCAAUCAGAGUUUUGAUGUGACGCUAGAGAUGUACAAAGCACAUUGUCAUAUUCUACAAUGUCAUUUCAUGCUAAUAAAAUAAACAUGAACAUUCUAGAAAGACUUUCAUUGAUGCUGAAGUUGUAGUUUCAUUCCAGUUCCAACUUUGCUCAUGAAUUGCACAUGAGAUUUUUCCUGUUUGCCACAAUGUAGAGUUGAACAUUUGUGUAUUUGACCAAGUAUGUACAUGUAUGUGGGUGCAAUAUGAUUUGCAAAUGUGUUGUGAAGUAGCUUAUGUUUGUGUGCUUGUGCAAAGCACAGAUGCUCUGUUGUGUGUCAUGUGUUUUAACCAGUGCGGACAAACUAUGUGAAACACUACUGUACAGGGAGGUGGACAUUAUUCUAAAUAAAGAUCUAACUCAUUUAAUGGA